CGUUUAUGCCUGCUCACGCUAGUCUGUGUAGUCUGAUGUCAGUUUUCUUUAUAUAAGCCUCAACCCCCUGAUUCAUCCACGUCAUGCUGACUGACAGAAAGGGUUGUUCUUCAGGAGAACACCGUGUGUUGAGGAAAACAUAAUGGGGGCUAUGCAGCUGAGCAUAGGUCAUAUUUUGACAUGAUUUCAAUCGAUCGAUCAAGCAAUCAAUAAAUCAAUCAAUCAGUCAAUUAGCCUGUUUGUCACAUAUGAAAUCGUACAAGAUGGUGAAAUGUAAUCCCACCAGGCCCUUUCAACUUGUGCAUUAUCCCUCGACAUGGUUGAAACUGAUAACAAUUGAAGUGUGCAUCCAAUAAGAUCCGUAUCUGCAAUACAUUAUUUUCAUUAUUACUUAUAGCCAUAUAAGCCUACAUUUAGUAAACUAUUAGGCCUACAUAUGCAUGUUUUUAUUCCCAAUACUCGCACACUUUUGCUUUGAUAUAGAGCCUAAAAGAAAGAAUGAAAGAAAGGAAGGACAUAGCCUGUGUUUUCUUUCUGUCAUGUUAUCGAUGACCCUAAAUAUAGCAAGACAUUUUGGACUUGGGCCAAGUCCAAAUUUCUUUUUAACUGUCUCUUGCUCUUGUUAACCUUUAUUUUUACUUUUCAGCAACGUUAUACGCUCAUGCCUCAUUUUGUCUUUUUGCUGUUGUUCCAUUUCUCACUGUCCGUGGUGUUGAGUCUUUCGUUGCCAUGGUUACCACUUGACGCCGAAGUACAGCGCUAGCUUGAUUAGCACUGCUAGCCACCAUUAGUUGUCCGUGACAAUUGCUUUUACUGUAGUUAGCUAGCUAGACCAAAUGAACCGCAGCGAGACACCGAAGAUGGAGUUAAGACCUCUAAGUCACUCAGAGAACAAGAAGCUAAGAACAUCAGAAGAGUUGGACAUCUUGGGUGAUGACCAGUCCAGGAGCUCUACUCUUUCAGGCAGUGAUAUCCAGGCUCUGGCCAUUCACCCACGGGACCUCAAUAAACUUCAUACACCAAAGCCACCCAAGAGCCGUCAACAACCAGUGCUCAUGGCUUAUGUGCGUAAGACACAGUCAGCUGAUGAAGUUAGAAAUGCUGUGCGAGGGCCGGUGGCUCAUCUAGUGAAUCUGGACCCUGGUUCUCAAAAUCUGGACUACACAGGACCGGAAGGGCUUCGGUUUGAUGAACAGGGAAGGGUUCUACCACACAGCAUCUUGGGUAGUUUAGAGGAUUUCAGAAGUUAUCUGGAGGCCAAAGGGGAGACAGAGUUGGUGAAGCGAAUACCAAAAUCCCAGAGAUAUGCUCCAUCUGAGGCCCCAGAGAGGCAUCACUCUGAGCCUGUGGAGAAUGGGCAUGGCAACAAAAACAUCCAGAGUAAUGCCCUGCAGCAUUGGCAUACACAUAUGACGCAGCGCAGACAGCAGCAGGACUUCUUAUCUGAGUUGCUCUACCGGCCAGUCGGAAACCUGCUGAUGAACCAAGCUAACCGUUUCAGAGAAACUCAGGAGCAGAGGGAGCUUCUAAACCAAGUGAUGCCACUCAUCCACUCUGGAUAUGGUUACCGUGUGGGAAGUGAGUUUUGGAGUGUCCCCCAGCGUUAUGGAGAUGAAAUGAGUGGCAUCACAGCCACUCUGACUCAGACAGAGCAGGGCAGACGGGAGCCUGUCACACAUGUAGGACAACCAGGCAGCAUACUCCAGGAAUCAGGAAUAACUUUUACUGAGACUCUCGCGUCCACAGAUAUCAAUGCACUGGAGGUUAUUGGCUCUGGCAAGCCAUUUACUUUUGUCACAGUGUGUCGUAGUCCCUUACUGGAGAAGGAAGAAGAGGAGACAGAGGAGAUAAAGAAGGAGAACCUUGAUCCUCUGGCACAGUAUGAUGAUGUUCGGUCAGAUGCUCUGCUCAUUCCUGCCUUGAGGUUCUGUGGUCAGCUUGCUAGCUGGACUGGAAACUCCACCACUAACCAGGGAGAAGUAGGAAUCAGUGCCACGGUAAUCUUUGAAGCUCCGACUGGAGAAAGAGCCUCUUCCCACCUGGAGCUGCACAAUGAAGGCAGCACAGCCAUCUUCUACAGCUGGCAGCAGCUUCCCGUGCCGCACAGCUUUCCUAACCUGCGGUCACGAACAAAGAAGCUGCACUUCUACUUCAACUCCUCCUCUGGUGUGAUCCGUCCAGGUGACACCCAGCGGGUGGAGUUCAUAUUUAAGUCAGAGGAGCCAGGCAUCAGUACUGAACGAUGGCAGCUCAACACCCACCCUGUGCUGCUGCAAGGAGCCUCCAUGCAGGUCACAUUAAGGGGAGUGGCUCUGUACCAGGACAAAACCGCAGACCAGAGGCUUUUCAUAGAGACAAAGCUGGAAAAGAUAGUGAAGGUAAAAAUGUGUCUGUCGAUUGUGCACGAGGUGGUGCUGGGGGUCCGCACCCCAGAGAGACCCAGCUCUCCUGCAGAACUUUACGUCACUGAAGAGCAAGAGUUUUUCAGGAAAAACCCCAAUUUGCAGUACCUUCAUGAGCCAGUGGAGGACCUAAAGAGACUGUGGCAAGAAGUGCAUCCAGGACGCACCUGGGACUUCUCUGUCGAUACACUCCGACAGGUUGUGCUGUCUCUGCCUGAGCUAGAAGCAGAUCAGGAAAAGAGCCUGGCCCAGCUCAACUCCCUGUUUCUGCAGCUUUCUGAGCCUUCUCAACUGAAACACAACCAGCUAACAGUAGAAGCUAUAGGGCAGCAGCUGUGGAUGAAACUGCUGGACACUAUGGCUGGUGAGGCCAUGUGGCUCAGAAACCUGCUGGGCCUUCCAGAGAGAGACACAAGGAUCGAUAAAAAGGAGGAAUCCCCCAUCUUGGAAGCUGAUAUAGCUGAUAACAAAAAUGAGAAGAGUGAGAAAAAGGGAGGAGCAGCUGCUAAAGAGGAGAGAAGUGGGGCAAGGUCCAAAAUUAAAGAUGACAACAAAGGGGAGUCCAAGUCAGCAACUACUGAAAAAUCAUUGGAGGACAGCAAAAAGAAGGGGAAAAAAAAGGAGGAAACGGUGAAACGCACAAUGGAAAAGCAAGGGAAGGAAUCGGCUCCACUGACAGAUACCCCUCCAGACAGCGUCAGUCAACAACCUCCUGGUGACCAAAAUGUAGAGGCAGAGGUGAUGGACAUUUACAGGAGGCUCCUGCACAAAAAGGUGUAUGCUCUGAUGGAAGACCUGGUGGACAACCUGUGUGACCUGAUGGAUGAUCUUAAUGAGGGAGAUGAAUAGGAGGAACACACUACUAACACGUGAGAGGCAGGCACAGGAGCCCACUGAACAUAUGCAACCAAAUGUGAUAAAACAUAUCACAUAUUCUGAAACUGUUUUUCUACCUUAAUUUGUUGUGAAAAUGAAUAAACUUUUUGGCGU